AUGCGAAAAUAUGAUGCUAACAAUUUGCAUCCACCUGUUACCUCAUUAUCAAUAGAAGGUUAUGCGCUUGUUUUAUUUAUCGACAAAUUUGAUAAUGUUUAUGUUGGAACAAGGUUCACAGUAGAAAUAUUAAAACAACGGAAUAUGAUCUAUUUAUUAACAUGUCGUAAUCGAACAGAAGAUUCAACACAAACAAGUAACGGAACCGAAUUACUUUUACAGUAUAUAAACGAUGAAUCAUCGCAUAAAGCAAGGGAUUAUGCAUAUACGUUCAAUAAUCCAUUACCCUCUAAAAUGAACCGUUAUUUUACAUACUGUAUAGUUGUAUCGUCAACAAGUUUAACGUUUGAAUCAGCCAUAACUGCAUGGUUUCAGCUGUUUACAAGUCUGUAUCAGGAAAUGAAACAAGAGCAAAAACAACAAAUGCUUGACUAUUGUAGAGAACGUUAUAAAGAAAAUUUUGUUGAAUUGAAAAAUAUUAAUGAAUUUGAAGCAACAUAUGAAUCGUCUAAUACCAUUCGUUGGUAUACUAGAGUUAAAAGAGAAAUGAGAGAAGAUGAUCCACGAUCGUUGUUCGUCAGAUUAACGUGUUACUUAGGUGACUAUAAGGAAACUGAAACAAAUAUUGAACAAUUAGCAUAUUCAGUGUCUGAAAAUUGUUAUGAUAUUGCUCGAUAUUAUUUGGAUGUGGGUCGAGUCUUUUAUUCGAAAGAAAAUCAUGACAUUGCACUUAAGAAUUAUUUUUUAGCAUUGCAGAAAAUGCAAGAAAAGCAUUUUGAAAUUGAUAAGAGUUCGCUAUUAUUUACUAUAUAUCACAGCAUUGGAAAAAUUUAUCUUCAACAGAAUCGGUUUGACACAGCCGUUGCUUGGUACACAAUAGCAUUGAAGAUGAAACAAACACAUUUGCCACUAAAUCAUCCGAGUAUUGCAAAUUCAUAUUCGGCAUUAGGUGUUAUUUAUCAAAAACAAAAUAAAUUGAACCGUGCAUUAUAUUUUUAUAAACGUGCUGUAGAUAUAGAACUAAAAGUUUUGCCAUGUCAUUCUUUAUCAAUUGCUUCUACGUACACAAAUAUUGCAUCGUUUGGAAUACAUGUUUAA